AUGUCAGGACCCAUUCAGACCGGUGCAGCACCGGCACUUGAGGAGGUGGGAAGACCGUCCGACGUCUCUACGCAAUCUGGCUCUUCGCAGCGUCGAGGACCAUACGGCAGGAGCGCGCAGAGAGGCUCUGUCAUCGAAGGGUCCAGCAGAUUUGGAGCGCGGCAAAGACCUGGUACAGCUAGCACCAUUGGCAGCAACACAAGCUUUGCGAGCGCCGCCGAUGGAAGCUUGACGGGCAGCGAGCAGAGUGCAUCCACAGCGACGAGACUAGGAGCGGGUCUGUCCAACGUUGCAACGCUGAAGCCUUCUAGAUCCAACACCAGCUCUUCCUCCGGCACCACGACGACGGGUCAACGUACCGGGAAGACGUUCGAGCAGCUCUUGGCCUCGGACGAGACCUACAAGUUGUCACCGGAUGUAGGCGAUACUCAGGACACGAUGAGAGAUGAGCCAAUCGAAGACGCGGAGCCUGAGGAGGAUGUCCCGCCUCGCUACUCGAGCACUCGCCAUCGCGCGGAUAAUGAUCAGGACGACAGGCUACCUGCGAACCAGGCCAAGACUUUCUUUGGUGGGGCAGGUCGGGGCUCCACUCACUUGAGUGCGGGUCAGGACCGGAGCUCGCCGAGAAUUCCCAACACUUCUUACGACGCGCGCGAAGCGCAGAACUCGCCGGACUCGACAGGUGGUCGAGCACCACUGUCAGAGCAGACUCCUCGUCUUGGUCAAUAUCAGUUCGCUCCUGCAAGUACGAGUCAAACCCCCACUCCAAAGGAGAGCGCUCAGACUCCAGCACGUCCACCUCGCAAUAUCGAGCGAAAUCCUAGUACGAGCACGCGAGCGAGCGCUACAAGUGGGAGGUAUGCGACACCUCCGAGUGGAGGUGCUAGCCCGAUAGCUAGUGCAGCAGAACUUUCCGCUCCAAGUAUCCCCAUUCACCCACUCAGUGGCUCUGCUAAGGCAAAUUCGAGCUCAGCUGGAAUUGCUAGAAACGGCGCCACCCUGACGCCUACUGGCAAAGCCAAGGCCGCUACUAGUCGGCACAACCCCACGCACAUCGUCUCGGCUAACGAGUCUGGAAGCGGAAACGAGCUCAACAUGCUUGCGCUCUCCUCUUUGCCACCUGCGACUGGUAACAGCUCUGCCGCAUUGAGCCCAACUCCAAGUCGUACUCUCAAUCCCACUGUCCCAUUCCCGAGAUCUAGUAGUCGGGGAGAUCCGCAAUCAACGGCGCGGUCGCCGGCCGCGACUGCCAACACAAACCCGACAGCCUGGUCAAAAGCAGCAUUCCCAAUCAGCCCAAGCGGCUCUAGCGUGGGGUUGGAACAAGAAGUUGGGCUAAGUAGUCCCGACCCGAGUGGCAGCGACAAGCCAGGUGGAACCUUUUUGAGCCAAAGGUUGAAGAAAACGAGUGGUUUCUUGAGAAAGCUUCGAGGAGACAAGGAUCCAAAGACGGAUGCAAAAAAUGCAGCAAACGCCGUCAAUCUGGCUUUGCCGCCUCUAGGACUACCGGUCGGACCCCAUGCUUCGCUGCGAAGGAGAUCCAGCAACAGCAGCUUUGUCUCGGAUGGUGCUGCCAGUCAAGCACCCAGCACCAAGAGCGUUCCGACCAGCCGUGCUGAACAUGCUCGCGCGGCUACAAAUUACGCAGAGGAGCCCGUUCCAUCGCUGCCAGCUAAGUGGGCUCAGGAGCAAAGCACACUCGGCAAGACACCUGGCGGGUUUGGGAGCCGCAUGUCCAAGGCUUCGAAGAAGGAAAAAACAAGUCCGAUUGGAAUCGGCAAUCCUCCUCUGCCCCUCGCCAAAGAUGCACAAGCUCGUUCCGGUUCCGCUCCGCUGACUUCUGGUGGUCCUUCCAAUGCGCAGCUCAGCGCCAAUCAGCGAUCCGCCUCUCACAACCUUGCGCAGCAGCUUCCAAGGCUCCCCAACCAAAGCCACAAACGGAAAGUGGAUAGUAAUGUCGGUGGGUCCACGUCCAGCGGCAGCGAAAUGAGACACACUCUCAAAGCUUGGCAGACCCAAAUGGACGAGACUUUUGCGGAUUCGGCUAGAGAUCUAGACACCAAGACCAAGAUUGCUGCACCGCUGCCUUCCUGGACUCCCAGUCCCGUUUUACCGGAUCUGCACGGCAUUGAUGCCAACACCUCCAGGUCAGGCAGCUUCAUGGGCGAUGAGGAUGAAACAAAACAUUGGAGUCAACCGGCCACCUUGGACGGUUUUGAUCGCCGUGGCAACAAUAAGGGCUCUAUGAGCGGCGUCAGGACAGCUGAUGCCAUUCUCGGGGCCGUAGAGACGCCGGAGGGCUGGGCAAGAUCGCCGACCAGCUUCAAGCGAUCGCCAAAUCUCCCUCUUGGCAAGCGUACCGCCGGUAACGUCUCGCCUGGGCGUGGCUCGUUUGAAGUGACUGGACCGAACACCACCGCAUCCGCAUACGCGCUUGAACCCAGGCCUCGGAACGCAUCGGCGCCUGGUUGGACACACGAAGUGGAUGCGUCCUUGCCCAGCUCUCCGCAGAUCCUAACAACGCCGGCUGAUGUUGAGGACGACGGCGUGGUGGAUACGCAGCUUCGGGGUCAUGGCAAGCGCUCGGAGAACGUCUCGACUCAAAGCGCAAGGAGCUUCGAAACCGCCGUCGAUCCCGGAUCGCUCUUUUUCAGGAGGGCAGAUUUGCAAGCUAGAGCGAAUGCUGCAGGUACAAAGGACCCCCCGCCGCCAAGAUCUCCUCUCCUCGAUGGUGCUGCUGCCGCCGCUGCUAGCUCCUCACCGGAUCCUGAUGAAUCUUUGGAUGCCGAGCAUUCGAUACGCCUAGUACCUCAGAACGAGGACUAUGACGAGCCCACCACGCCGACCGAGACGGAGCCUGGAGCAAAGGGAAAGAAGACGCAUGCGAGGGAAGUCUCGGACUUGGGCCCUCUGCCCUCCAGUGCGCUGACUGUUGCGUCGAGUCAGCGGCGCGCUGGACGGGCUUCCCCAUCCGGAACGCCCGCAAGCAAAUUGGCUGCCCUUCCAGCUGAACUCGCCAGCACCAAGAGUCCACGCCGAAGUGCCAGCAGCAGCGUGAGCGCUACUGCGAUGGAUUCAACGGAUCCUGCGGUGGAUAUCGAGGCGCAGGCGAAAAGGCUCGCGCAAGCCUGCUGGGAGGAGGACGAGUCGAUCAUCAAGCGCGAAAAGGUCGCUGAAAGUCUAGGCGGCUUGGGAUUGGUCAAGUCGACGGCUAGAUCGCUCUACAUGACCAAUUUUGACUUUACCGGACUUCGCGUGGAUGAUGCGUUUCGAAAGCUGUGCGACAAGCUCUUCCUUCGCGCAGAGACGCAACAGGUGGACCGAAUCCUUUUUGCGUUCAGCGAACGAUUCUGGGCUUGCAACCCCUUGCCUCUCUACACGAGCGCGGACGUGGUACAUUCGCUGGUCUUCUCCUUGCUCCUGCUCAACACCGAUCUUCACGUCGCUGAUAUUGUCGAGAGGAUGACACGCAACCAAUUUGUGCGCAACACGCUCUCGGCCAUCAGCGAAAGCGCAAGGAACGAAAGCUUCACUUCGACGAGCAGUCAUCCAAAUGCAGACGACUCUAGAAGCAGUCUCAAUGUCACCAUUGACAGUUCGUCGGGAGUCGGUACGCCUUCAGAUGCGCUAGGCUCUUCGAGCCUCAAACGCAAACCCUCAAAAGGCGGUAGCAGUGUCAAGUCGGCAGGAUUUCAUGCUGCUGCGACUGGAAGCUCGCACACUGUCGGCGCAGGUGGUGACUCGACGUCUGGCAAAUACCCGCCAUCCGCGUCUGGAGCGGCGCAAAGUAUUGGCAAGAAGUCGAGCCUAGAGGGUAACACGGCAGCCAGGUCACGAGCUUGGGAAGUGGAGCUUGAAGGUCUGCUCAAGGUGAAUGACCGCGAUGUGGUUGAGCUUGUCGAAACAUCCUUGAGCUCACGCGUACCAUCUGCUCCUCGUUGCAGGAAAUAUAUGCGGCGGUCAAGAGCGACCAGAUUAGACUGCCUACUGCGGAAAGCAAGGAUGCCCUCAGCCCCAUGCUCACUGGAGCUCAGCGCCGAACCCUUCGAGGCGGCAACACGCUCACCAUUGGUUCCGAGCGUGUGAGCGCACUCAAACGCGGUAGUAUUCGGGGAAUCCAAGGCUUACUUGGCACCAGCAGUUCUACGCUGCUUCGAAGUGAGGACAACCUGAGCUUGACGCCGAGCAGCUUCGAAUCUCGAUCAUUUGCGGAGAGCGGCUUGACACCUGCUAGCUCCGCACUGAGCUCUCCAAAUAGUCAAUUCCCAGUCGCUAGUGCCGCUGUGGAACGCGCAACGCCUUUGACCUUGGGCUUCGCAAACACGCUUUCUCACAGCAUUGUCAAGGAGGCGAAUGACGAGGACGACGCCACGAGCGAUGCCAGCUUGAAAGAUGACGAGCUGAGUGACGAGGAGCUGGCGCUCAUGGGUCCACCCUGGGCCAAAGAAGGCAUGCUGAACCGAAAGCAUUAUUGGGAAGGCCCGCAGAGACGCGCAAAAGACAAGAAUUGGCUCGAAGUCUUUGUCGUUGUACAAAAAGGUCUGUUUUCCGUAUUCCGCUUCGGCGCCGUCAGCGGUUCUACUUCCAAAGCUGCCACUGCAGUUGGAGGAGGCAAUUGGCUGUCCAACGCUACGCCGCUUGGGGACUUCUCCUUGGCCCACACCCUGGCGAACGCACUCCCUCCGCCUGGAUACAACCGUGCACGACCGCACGUCUUGGCUUUGACGCUGCCUACUGGCGGCGUGUACUUCUAUCAAGCCGGUCAUGAAGAGUUGGUGCAAGAGUGGGUGUCCACCUGUAAUUACUGGGCCGCCCGACAAAGCAGAGAGCCUUUGGGAGGUGCCGUUGGCAACAUGGAAUACGGCUGGAACAAGGUGCUGCCUAAGAGCCAGUACGAUUUCGACGACGAGGAGGAUGGCGAGCGCGGUACGCUGGACGACGAACCACGCGAAUCCAUGGCACAGAGUGUACACGGUCGUCCAAGUCAUGCGGGCAGCUUGGGGUCGAUGGACUCGCUGAGCGUGACACAAGCCACCCCUGCGCGUUUGGGCUCUGCCCCUCCCGACGCCAGCAUCUACUCUACGCUCACUGCGUCGUCGCGCAACCAGGCUGCCGGUUCAUCUGCGAGCGCAGUCGCGAGCGAUAACCGCAGCAUUCGAAGCGGACGCUCUGGACGAUCGGGCCGAGCGAAGAUUGGCGGGUCCCUGUUUCAAAAUUGGACAGACGCUGCAGCUUCAUUGGCACCUGGUACCGCCAACGGCUCACCAGGUCUGUCUGUGAAGGGCACGUCGGGUGGGUCCAGCGUCUUUUCGAGCGCAGGGACUGCCGGUGUCCACGCAAACGAACGCAUCUACAUCAACGACUGGAAGGCGCCUAUCGCACCAACCACGCAAAGCACGCUCAAGGAAGAGGAGCAACUCGAGGCUUGCCUUCGCAGAGUGGCUACGAUUGAGAAGGAGCUGGAAGAACACAAUGCGUUGCGAGAGCCGAUGCGCUUGCUUUACAGUCCCAAAGGUAACAACCAUGCUAAAGCGCUUCAGAAUUGGCAAACAAAGAGCCAGUGGUUGCUUGCAGAGUGAGUAUUCGCGGUGUCCAUCUCGCCCGCUCAAGGGAACCUCUAUGACUGACACGGUGGCUUUGCAUCAACGCUGCUCUAGGCUCACCAAAUUUCAGGUGUAUGUCGAAUCACUGCGCGCGGCUGCCAAGUUGAGGGCUGAGAAGAGCGCUGCGAGGGCGGUGGAGAGCAUGAUGAAGCGAGCUGAUGCGGUGAACCAGACGAGGCCGGAGGAAGAAGGUGGGCCUGUGCCCUCUAGCGCUUGA